AUGUCUGAUCAAGGCAUUCACCCAAAUGUUUACAGUGAAUUGCGAAGUUUAUAUAAAUGCUACAUCGAUUCAUAUAAUGCAUUGUAUCAGCUGAAAACUGAAAAAGAAGACGAAAUAAACAAGAUUUACAAAAUGAUCAAAACAGAAUUGAUUGAAUCCAAGAAAUGUCUUCCUCAAUAUAUUAUGCAAGACAUAUUAAAAAUCAUCCCCUAUAAUAAUCGCUAUACAAAAUCAUAUUUAUCUCUUGCCAAACUCAUAUAUAAUGAUUAUAAGUUAAAUGAGGAAAUCAAAAUUUCAUGUACUUUUGAAUACCUAUUUUAUAAAGAAUAUGGAAUUAAAUUAAACGAAUCGGAUAAUUUCGAAACAACUAAAUUAGAAAAUAUCAAUAUUCAUACAGAAAAUACGAUUUGUAGAGCAAUUAUGUAUAAUGACAAAGAUAGAUUCAUCACAUUCACUGAAAGAGAUGAUUUUGAUAAAAAUCAAAAAAUUAAAAGUGAUUUAUAUCAAUACUCUCAUGAAGGAUAUUCAUUACUUGAAUUAUGUUGUUACCAUGGAGCAUUUGAUUGUUUCGAAUUAUUAAGAACAAAAUUUAACUCAAAAAUAACUUAUAUGUGA